CACGUCAAUUAUCACGUGGUUUGGUGUUAUCUGCGCAUUUGUAUUUAAGACAGUCACAGGAAUAGACUUAACAGUGAUAUGCGUGUCAAGAAAGACGAAGGGAAUACAUUUCCAUAUUCAACAUUUCAUGUGACACUGAACAUGGCUGAAAAGUUGACUCUAUGAAGACAAGUUUGUUGAUGUAAGCAUCAUGGCAAGUUUAGCUGAUGGGUUUAAGGAGAAGGAACGGGUGAACUGGCUCAAGGCGUGGCUAGCAAUAGACAUUGCGAAGUCUGGCUUGGAGCACUUAGCUGACAACGAGGCUCGUAAUUUUCACCAGCACAUUUACAACAAUGUAACGUCUACUCUCCAGUCACAAUCAUAUACUUGCAACAGCUGUAACACAGCAAAUUUACUGCGAAACCAACAGUGUCCAGUCAAGAUUUGUAAUAAAGUUUGCCAGGAAAUAAUCAAGGAACAUCGGUACAAAAAAUGUUCUUGGAAUAAUACAUCUGCGACAUUAUGGCAAACGAGUCAUUGGGAAAUAGCGAAAUGUUACAUCCAAACAGAUGGAUAUGCUGACAAGAUAUCGAUUCAAGAAACAGACUUUAACGGAGUCGUCAGUUUUAUGCUGAACUGCAAACGCUUUGAUAGCAAGUUUUCUUUUCCAAUAACAAAGGGAAAGCCAACCCAUAACAAUCCUGCAUGCCUCCUGUAUAAGGCUCGUGAAGUCCAUAAAGCUGUGCGGCACUCUUCAAUAAUGAAAGUCACGGAUGUCGAUCUCCAAGACUAUUUCACAACAUUGAACAACCUGCUGAAUGAUUCAAGCUAUCUCAGUCAAGAUAACGUUGCCAAAAAUGCUGUGGUGAAAUUAGCCCAGACCAGGUCUCCAGCUCAGCUAACCAAGGGAUGCAGUUCCAUGUUCACUCUGCCCACUUGA